CAUCGAUUACGUGUCUCGUCCAUUUUCAGACGAAAGAGGGCCUUCUUUGUCUCAUCACCAUUUUGAGGUGCAUGUUGGUUGUAUUGGCAUUGCAACUGUAAAAAAAAAUGGAGAACGACACUGGGGCUAUAGUUGACUUGUACAUUCCGCGGAAAUGCUCCGCGAGUAACCGAAUCAUACAUGCUAAGGAUCAUGCAUCCAUACAGUUGACCCUGGCAGACGUUGAUCCGGAAACUGGUCGCAUGACUGAUUCCCACAAGAUGUAUGCUAUUUGUGGAGCCAUCCGUCGCAUGGGCGAAUCCGAUGAUUGUUUAGUACGACUAACAAAGAAGGAUGGCAUUCUACCCAAAAAUUUUUAAUUUAUGUAACCAGUUCGUAUUUUCAUUAAAUUAAGAAAAAAAUCUGUG